AUUUUCAUCAGUACGGGAGACAUCGAGACAGGAGUCAGUCCCAGAUGAAGAUGGUGCCUCGCAGCUAAACCGUACCCAGGACCAGGUGAAGCGGACAGGUAUGUACGAAGGGACAAUGUGAGCAUUGAGUGGACAUGGCAAAGUGUGGAAUGCUAAAUGGAGCCUUAGCUAAUGGGCAUCAACUGUUUCAUUCAGGCUUUACAAUCACUGGCUCAUUCACCAGCUGCUUGAGUUAAUGCAAAAUGAAUUUUAGACACAGCAUGACAGCAUGCUGUCAGCUCACCAUCCCACCCUCCUUCUUAAGUGCUCAGAGUUUGGCGCUGCUAAUUAAACUAAGAGUUAAUGUUCAUGCACUUGUUAGGGGGACUAGUUCACCGGCAGAAUCCUUGUUGCCGCUUCGAGUUCCCUCAAAGAGCAAAUGCCCCUUACCCUUCUGUAUUGUGUUGCUUUCUUAAAAAUCAAAUUUACAUACUACUCAUUUGUACCAGCCAAGACAUUCUAAAACACGUGUCAAACUCAAGGCCCGCCACGUCAUUUUAUGUGGCCCGUGAAUCUGCCAGCAAAAAAAUAAAUAAAAAAUAAAAAAUAAAAAUAUGAAAAGUUAGACUUUUCAUAUUUGCGAACAUGGCGAAAAUAUCCCCAUGUUCGAAAUUAUGAGAUAGAAAGUCGAAAUUGUGAGAUAGAAAGUCAUAAUUAUGAGAUAAAAAGUCAUAACUAUGAUUUUUAAUAUCACAAUUGUGAGAUAGAAAGUCCAAAUUAUGAGAUACUUUAACACAACAGUCAUAGAAGCAGCUCUUCAUAGGUUAUCCUAUAUUUGACAUAUAAAUGGAUUGUGAGUAUAUUUAAAACGUGGCUUUACAACAGAUGAAAUACUUCAAUUGUGGGAUUGUACUCAGCAAACGCAACCUUGAAAGGAUUUCAAGCAAGAAGCAGCUCUGGCAUAGAAAUAAUAAAACCGAUGUGGCAACCUUCAUUGAACAGCAACUGGAAACAUCUGGUCAGUGUUAUGGUUACAGAUGGAUGCACCAAAAGUGCCAUGGGGAUAUUUUUAUCUUAUUUUGUAUUUUUUUUGCUGCCGGAAAUGGGCUUCCAUAUAAAAGGCAUAUGAUUGUCUUAAAAUUAAAGUCUAUGCUGCUUUACAGUGUACAGUGACCAUGUACCACAUCUCCCACAAUGCAUGUUGAUUUUGUGACCCGCGAGAUGAUGGCGUCCUGCCACUAGAUAACAGUUUUUCCAUAUCGGCGUUUAACUUUGUCAGUUAAAUUUUAUUUCACACUGUGAUGGUGAAGGGGGGGGCUGGUAUGGGUGGUUGAGAGGCGUGGGCCCCUGUUGAGCUGGGGGAUUGGGUCAGGACUUUCCCACUGUCUAUCAAAGCAUUCAGUAAAAAGUAUUUAAUUUGUCUCCGCUUGCAGAAGAUAAAAGCAAUUUGUCAUAAGCAGUUGAAAGCAUUUGUUCAAAGAUGGUCAGGGUUUCAGAAAGGACCAUUUUUUAAGGUAAUAGAAUAAAAAUUGGCAAAGCGCCUGCGACAUUUUCAACAUGGAAUGACAUACUGAUUCAUUUGAAAAGGGGUUGGAGAGAAUAAUACAUUAAAAAUAUCAACAUUUUUGAGAUUAAAGGUAUGAAUUCGUGAACUCACAUCUUUGCAGAUGUCCGAGAUUAAUCACAUAAAUCCAAUAAAGGCUUCAUACAAAGUAGUAUUACAAAUGAUGGACUAUUAAAGGGGCAUUCAUAAUUUGACAUGUCAUGGUCUUUUUACUAGUCAGAUGAAGCUUAGCUUCCUAAAGUCUGUUAUAGUAUACAUUGUAUACUGAGUAGGAAGUGUUAUGACCAUAUUUUCAGAUCUGCCUUCGCAAGUCCCCCAAUUCUGUUAGAGUGCAUUUGUAUACCCUGGAGUCCAGACCAUAUCGUUUCCUCCCAGUACUAUGGAGAACAUCCGAAGGUUAGUUGGAAAAUGUGCAAGCUAUUAGCCCUUUGGAAACUGAUGUGAUCAGGUAUUUGAAGGCUACUUCACGGAUGUAAACUAUAUUGUACUGCUGUGGGUAUUUCUCUAUUUACAACCUGAACGUAUAGUAAACAGCAUUUUCAAGGGUCUUUACAGUCUUGUCAAAGUGGAAGAAAAGUCAUGAAAGUACGUGUGAUUCAGCUCCCUAACAUUUACUGGGUUCGUAUGAAGUUAAAAGUUAUUCUGACCUGCUCUUACUCAAGGGGUUUGAGUCACUGUCUGCUGGUUGUUGCUUCACGGUUACAGCUGGAGGGACUUAAAGAACAACACGCACCUUUUUGUUUCUGUCGGCCUGUCGAGCUUCAACGACACCUUGUAGUUAUUGUAACUUGACGUGUAACUAACUUGAAUUAGUUUACACGUCGCGAUUUCCCAUACAGACAGAGUAAGAACAAUAACUGCUGUAGUAGCAACAUUCAACAUUCAACAUUAGGGAAUUAAGGGGCGUUUUUGCGGACCUGACUUGAACGCAACACAACAGAGGACACCAGCGCUUGGGCACGCUCCAAGCAGUAGAAGCUGUUUCAGCCUGUGAAGCACGCGGAUAGGGGCGGUGAGCGCGAGCCGGGGAUACGGCGUAUGUGCGGGAAUGGAGACGGUAGAGUGCCUCUGCUGUACUACUGAGUUUGCGGACAAAAACAGCCGAGAGGACUGCGGUGUGAAGCAGAUAUGAGUGAAGCGGUAGUAAAGAGAAGAAAGGGGGGUCGACUGACGAACAUCAGGAACAGAUGGAGUGAGCAGCCCAAAGAUGACCUCAUCUCUGAUGUGGCUGGGAAACACGCAACCCUCCCAUCAGGUGAAGAUGAAGGUGGACGACAAGGGGCCCUCAAUAGGUUCAGUGCCAUGUGGUCCUCCUUCCGCAAGGGCAAAAGAGAUAGAGUCAAAGACCCUGAGCCGACAGAGCCGCUGGGCCCCGUGGUGGCAGACAACACAUCCAGGCAGCACCGCUACGUCAGUGGUCAGUACUUCUUUGAGUAUCUGGUGGUGGUCAGCCUCAAGAAGACCAAAGAUGGCAGCAGCUACGAACCUCAGAUUACCUACCAGUUUCCCAAGAGAGAUGGGAUGGCGAAGUUUCAGAAGGAGGAGGAGGAGAAGACGCUAAAGGCGAUCACUCUCUUUUGUUUCCCAGAGGGCAUCAACUGGGCUCCUUUAACAGAAUACCACAGUGAGACUUUCUCCUUCGUUCUGACUGAGGUUGAUGGUAGCAGAAGAAACGGAUACUGCAGGAGGUUACUGCCUGGAGGGAAAGGAGCUCGACCUCCGGAGGCUUAUUGUAUCAUCAGCUCGGUGGCUUGUUUCGGCCUCUUCUCCAAGAUAUUUGACGAGGUGGAGAAGCGGCGGCAGAUCUCCAUGGCCAUGAUCUACCCAUUCAUGCAGAAGCUGAGGGAGGCUCCAUUCCCAGCUCCCGGACACACUGUGGAGAUUAAGAGCUUCAUUCCUGAGUCGGGCACUGAGAUCAUCAGUCUGACCCGGCCGUUGGAUUCCUGGCUGGAGCACGUGAACUUCCACACACUGUUCGGCUGCCUGACAGACGAGGAGGUGUUGCUGGUGUUUGCCGCCACCGUCCUGGAGAGACGGAUCGUCUUCAUCGCUGAUGAACUGGGCACAUUAUCCCAAGUCAUCCAUGCUGUAGCAGCCCUCCUUUACCCCUUCAUCUGGCAGCACACCUUGAUCUCCAUCGUUCCGCAGAUCCUGAUCGACGUAGUGUGUGCGCCCACCCCUUACCUGCUGGGAGUCCAGAAAUGCCUGCUGGACCAGGUCACCGACCAGAGUGACCUUCUGGUGGUCGACUUGUCUGAGGAUAAAAAGGAGACCUUCAUUGCUUCAGUUGGUGAUGAAAGCUCAAUUCUGCCCCCGAAGCUCCAGACUGAAAUACUAGAGGCACUAAGAACCAGAAAAAAAACAUCAACGGUGGAGGAGAUGAAUCGGGUCGUGUCGGAAGCCUUCCUGCAUUUCUUUGUGAAAACAGUCGGCCAUUACAGCUCGUACGUGAAAUACAGCCGAGCCGGACAGCCGGGGGUGUUUGAAAAGAGGAGUUUCUACAAGGCCAUUGAUUCCAAGACCACUCGACACUUUGUCAAGAAGUUCAUCCAGACGCAGACGUUUGACCUGUUUAUCCAGGAGGUGGAGCAGCAGCAGCAGCCUGGACCGCAGCAAGGAAUAUUUCACAAAAAGAUCCUUGAAUACCAAGAGAAGGAGAAGGAGAAGAAGAAAAAGACAAAGAAACACUAGCUCUCAGCGUAGGACCCUGGGUGUAUAUAGGGGAUUCAUAGGAAACCAUGUGAAUGUUGCACUGUGUGUUUGAUGUCCCGUGUUAGUUUUGGUUUUAAACAAGUGUGUACCAAUGUGUGAAUUACUGUAUGGCUAUGUUGCUGCUACUCUGUGAAACACUGGCAGAAUGUGUUGGUUGUCAGCCUGUGGCCUGACGAGCAGGGAAAUCAUUUCACAUAAAGAUUCGUUUUUUUAA